UCUUGUCGCGAUGGAAAAAGUGAGUUUAUGGCAGGUUUUUGUGCUGCUCGGUAGUUUAGAAAAAUCCGCCGAGGCUAAGUAUUAGAACAAGCUAUUAUUGCAACAGGUUUCUACAUCAUGUAAUGUUGGUUUGAGCUGUGAUAUUAGCUAGAUAGAGCGACUAACAAUGAUGGAAUUUCKCCAUUACCAACCCCUUGGUAUUUAUGGUAGUCUGAUCACGCUACACAGAUUAUGGAACGCAUCAAUGAAUUUACUUUCCAUCUAAAUGGACCAAAUACGUAAAUUACUACAUGCCGCAGAACAAGGAAAUGUUUCUGCGGCAUCAGAUUUACUAGAUCAAGGUGUCCAUGUUGAUUCAACUGAUGAAGAAGGAGUUAGUGCUUUACACACUGCGUCUGCUAAUGGACAUGACAACAUGGUUCGCUUGUUACUCAGUAGAGGCGCAAGUUUUGAUACCCGUAACGGCUAUGGCUGGACACCACUUAUGAUCGCUGCUUGCUAUGGACACCUGAUGAUUGUAGGAAUAUUACUACAACACAAAGCGGAUAUUUGUGCUACAAAUGACCUUGGAGCGACAGCGUUGGAUUGUGCAGCACGUUCUGGUCAUGUUCAGGUUGUAUUGCUAUUGAUCGAAGCAAGCAGUGAUUAUGAAGGAGAACAGCAAAUAUUCUUGUCUAAUAAUUGUUUCCAAGCUUUAUUAAUUGCCUGCCAACACGGCCAUGAACAGGUAGUUAAACUGCUUUUGGAAAAAGGUACUGAUGUGAAUUACCAAGAUGAAGUAACUGGUUGGACUCCGCUAAUGUUUGCUUCAUUAAACGGCCAUAUGUCUGUUGUACAAGAACUGUGUGAGUAUGGAGCUGAUACAAACUCUACGAAUAUUCUACAUCAAACAGCCUUAGAAAUUGCGGCUAUUCGACAAAGAAGUGACGUGGAAACGUUUUUAGAUAGAAAGACCACUAUUAGACCACAAGUUCCAGGCCAGAAAAUGUUUCGUCCAAGUAUUAUUGAAGCAGCACGGAGUGGAGAUAUUCAAGGGUUGCGUGAACUGCUAGAGAUGAGUGAGACAGAUGUAAAUGCUACAGAUGAGGAUGGGGCAACACCAUUAAUGUUUGCAUCCAUGCGAGGCCAUCUCAAUGUUGCACAUCUUCUUAUUGAGAAAGGAUGUAACAUUAAUAGUCAAGAUAAGAUAAGUGGAUGGACAGCAUUAAUGCAAGCCACUUAUUAUAGGCACAAGCAAGUGGUUAAGCUGUUGCUGGACCAUUCAGCAGAUGUCAACAUUCAAGCUGAUGAUGGAUGUACAGCAUUUGAUAUGGCAUCUAUUAUUGGUGAUACAGAUAUUUUAAGGUUGCUGGCAUCAGUUACUAUGCAAUUGCCAUCCAACAACAAGAAUAAGCAUGGUUUGAUUUCCUGGGCUACAGGGAGCAUGUCAAAGUUAGACACAACAACUAAAAUGAAUACACAGGAUAUUUCUACUAAAGAACUGGCUAAACUGGAAGCAGGACCCGACUUGGGCAAGACUGGGCUAAAGAUGUGGUGGUCCAAAAUGUCUAGCAGGCUACGGAAUUUAACACUGGUUCGCACAAUACGGGUACCUUCCACUACAAAAAGAGACAGUUCUUCUUCCCUAGAAAGCAAUGGCCAGGAAGCUGAUUUAUUGAUAUCGAAUUUGAAUGCAAAUGAAUCUCUUAAGACUAGUAGAGUGCUCCAGAGAAAUUCAUUGAGCAGUGACAGUGAUUCUCAUUCUACGACACGAUCACUUGCAUCUGUGGUGGAUUCUGCUUACAAAACAGGGGGACAUUACUCCAAAAGAUCCAAGACAUUGCCUUUAGGUUCGCCAAAGAGCAGAUUGCCUGAUGAUGUCAUAUCUCCUGUUGUUCCACCAUCAAUGCCAGCUCCUGCAUUUGAACUAACUAGAGUUCAAAGAGAACCAACUGAUGAUGAUGAUUCGCUCGUCCCACAGGUCCCAUGUCUGUGUAUUAAUGGCAAAUCAAUUCCAGAAGUGGUUUCAGAGAGUAAAUGUCUUGCUGCAGAUAACCUGGAUAACAUUAGUAGUGUCAGUGGAUACUCAGUCUAUCGUCGUCGUCAUGGUGAUGGAUUUAAUUUUAGCGGGAGUCCAGAGUCGUCAUAUUCAACUGCUAGCUUCUUGUCUUCUGCUUCUAACAAUUCUGGAGGCAGGACACUUAAGGCAACAAGCAGUAACCAAAUGGACUCACCAUCAAAGCCUACAUCCAUGUCAUCUCUACGACACAAGAAUUCAAGACCUUCUAACAGUCCUUCUCCUACAUUGAUAUCUGUUACAUCAGCUGCCUCAGCCCCAGGUCGACUACAUCCUUCAUCUGGUUUAAGUAAACCUACAAAGCUAACACCAGUAUUGACUUCAAGGAGCGAUGACGGAGGGUCAACACCUUCAAUAAAUCGUGUACCCAUUGAAUGCACAGACGAAGAAGAGGUCACAGACAUUUUAAAGAAGCUUUCACUAGAAAAGUACAAUUCUAUGUUUGAAGAACAAGAGGUUGAUAUGGAAGCAUUUCUUACUCUGAAAGAAGUAGAUUUGAAAGAACUUGGAGUAACUCAAAGAGAUGCAAGACAACAGAUUCUGUCAGCUAUUCAAGAGCUAAAUUCUGGCAAGGACAGAGAGAGGCAACAGUUUCGUGAAUCCAUAUCUGAUGGUUGUCAUAGCAACAAGUCACAGUUAACAAGUGGGUAUGGUUCUGGUUCACCAUCAACAAGCAUGAACCUCUCAAGAUGGGCUAUGCCCUCAGGGACAAAGAACUCAAGGUUAAAUUGAAUCUGAUAUUACAUAGACUGGAAGUAUUAUUUUAUAUAUUAUCAAUUACUCCAUGGCCAUGUAUUUUUGUAGUCUUGACUAUGUAAUUUAUAACAAACAAAAAGAAGAAAAGAAGAGAGCAUUUUUAUUACAGCCAUUUUCAAUCACAUGUGCCGCUCUAGCGAUUGUUUCUGUUCCCCCCUUGUGAUUGACAUCCUGCAAAACCUUCUUUAAUAUGUUGUGACAGAAACAAUCGCUUAUGGAGGGCACAUGUGAUUGAAAAUGGCUGUAAACUCAAGCAAAAAAGAGACUAAAAGAUACGCUUCAGAAAUUAUGAAGUUACUGUAGUUUAUAAUUUUUAAUCCCCCUACCCUUUGCAUAAUUGGAUUCCUUUUCUUUAAAUUUUGUUCAAAAUUUGAUAAUUCCUGUUUGCUUAUCAACAAUGGCAGAAAUACCACGGUUCUUGGUUCCAUGGAAAUUUAAAAUUCUGGAGGGGAGGUGGGUCAGAGAAAGAAUAAAAUUACAGAGUUUGUAGAGUUUGUAUGGAAGAAAACUGGAAGGUCCUUGCAAUUGGGGGCAGGGGAGAUUGGGUAACAAGGCUAGGGGUCCUUUUAUAAAAUCCCUCCUGGUGGGGAUAUGGAUAUUUUCUGGAUUUACACAUUUCGUAGAAACAUAACGCAAUGUUUCAACUGCAAACUGGUAGUCUUCAUCAGGUGAGAGUGUAGAUGGAUGGUCAGCUGUGUGUUAUUGCAUCUCUGCCCAGAGUGUUUUCUUACAAACCAAGCAUUAUAGACGUUGCAGCUAACUAGCAGCUUGCAGUUCAAACGUCACAGUCAUUUCUACACAAUAAUUGCCUUCAAUCGCGAGACAAUCUGAUAAGCAUCAUUUAGUUACCAGCAGUGUAGCACUAAUUAAGUGUUUUGUUAUCAAAUAUUGAUUAGUUGUCAAAUAAUAGCAUGAACAGAUGAGUGAACAAACAGAUUUGAGGCAUUUGCUUAUGUUCCCAAUGUUCUGCUUUUAGCAAUAUCCACUAUUUYGUAUAGAUUAGCUGCAAUAAUUAUAUAAGACAAUACA